CCCGGAAGAGGGAGGAGCGUCGCUUGUCUAGAGCUGGUGCCUGGGGCGGAGGCGGAGGCGGAGGCGGAGGCGGAGGCGCUUUGAAAGAAGCUUAAGUGAAAAUGGUACAUGUUAGAAGACAUGAAACAAGGAAAAAUUCUAAAAGUCACGUGCCUGAGCAGAAAUCUCGAGUUGAUUGGAGGCGAACUAAAAGAAGUAGUAUCUCACAAUUAUGUGAUAGCGAUGAAGAGCUUGAUAAUGAUGAAGAAUUUGAUAGUGAUGAAGAGCUUGAUAGCGAUGAAAGUGUUGAUAAUUACGAAAGUUUUGAUAGUGAUGAAGACCUUGAUAGUAACAAAGGACUUGAUUGUAAUAAAACACCAGGAAGUGAAACAGAGCUUAAAUUAAGUAAAGUUGAAAGUGAAGAAAACGACAGUAAGAAUGUCAUUAACACUGGCAACAGUUCAACCUAUGUAGAAGAAAUGAACAAAACCAAACAUAUGAAUAUUGACUUACAAGAUCAGGAAAAACAUCUAAGUCAAGAGGAUAAUGUUCUCAACAAACAAACUGGACAAAUAAUAGAGGAUGAUUUAGAAGAAGAACACAUCAAGCGAGGUAAAAGAAAAAGGCUAUCCUCUGUGAUGUAUGACAGUGAUGAGAGUGAUGACAGUGAUAUCCUAAUUAGAAAAGCAGGUGUUAAACGUCCACGUAGAGUGGUUGAAGAUGAAGGUUCUUCAGUGGAAAUGGAGCAGAAAAGUCCUGAAAAAACAUUAGCUGCACGAAAGCGAGAACAACUUCAGAAGCUGAAAGAACUCUCAAAACAAAGAUCUCGUCAGAGACGCAAUAGUGGUAAAGAUUUUGAGGACUCUGAAAAGGAAUCCUGCCCAAGCAGUGAUGAAGAUGAUGAGGAGGAAGAAGAUGAUUGUGAAUCUGAUGAAGAUGGAGAUGAUUAUAUUAUCGAUGACUUUGUAGUGCAAGAUGAGGAGGGAGAUGAAGAGAAUAAAAACCAACAAGGAGAAAAAUUGACUACAUCACAACUGAAAUUAGUAAAACAGAAUUCUCUUUAUUCUUUUAGUGACCACUAUACUCAUUUUGAAAGAGUUGUGAAGGCUCUUCUGAUCAAUGCUUUAGAUAAAUCUUUCCUGGGAACAUUGUAUGAUGGCAAGAGGCAAAAAUCAUAUGCAAAAGAUAUGCUCACAUCUCUUCAUUAUUUGGAUAACCGCUUUGUUCAACCUCGUCUAGAGAGUUUGGUAUCUAGAAGUCGUUGGAAAGAACAAUAUAAGGAGCGGGUAGAAAAUUAUUCUAAUGUAAGCAUUCAUUUGAAGAAUCCUGAAAACUGUUCCUGCCAGGCUUGUGGACUGCAUCGCCACUGUAGAUAUUCAGUGCAAUUAUCAGGAAAGUUAUAUAACACCAGGACCAUGGAAAUAGAUGAUUUCAUGUCACAUGAUAAACAGGUGUUCACUGUUGGCAGAAUUUGUGCUGACCGUACCAGAAUUUAUCAUAAACUGAAACAUUUUAAAUUCAAACUGUACCAGGAAUGUUGCUCCAUUGCAAAGACAGAAGAAGUUGAAGAUGAACAGGUUAAAGAAACAGUGGAAAGAAUUUUCAGUCAAUCAAAAGAAAGUGGCUGGAUUAAGGAGAACAGUUCUUGUGACCUGAGAGUGAAGAAGCACCUGGUGCCAGUCUGAGGAAAGGAUCUCGGCUGCCAGUUCUAAUACCACCCACAUCCUCUUCUUGAGGACAUGGGACUGAGCAGUGAGCACUAUAACUGAAGAUCGAGGGGAAUGCAGAGGUUUCAGGCCACGGCACUGAUUUUGACUCCCCCAUAUCCUAUUGAUCAUUAAAUUUGAUAUCAGGAGUAAAGUGGGGGCUUUGAAGAGUGCACUGGAUUCCCGAAGAUCUGCUGGCAGCUUAUAAGCUCUGGUCUGCUCACAGAGCUUUUAGAAUUGUUUAUGGUAUAUGGAAAUAAUGCUAAUAUGACUGCAGUCUUCUAAAACCAGUCUAGUUACAUGAAUGUAUAAGAGAGAACAAAUCGUAGACUUUCAGGCAACUCAUAUCAACAUUUAAUCUUCAAAAGAAAAAAAAGCCUGACCUGAGAUCCAUUGCCUGGGUUAUAUCAUAGGGACAUUUGUAAAAAAGGAAUAUAAAAAAUAAGGCAAGAAAGCUUAGAAAACAAACUUAUUGGCAGAGGGAAAGAAAAGAGAAUAGGAAAGUUUUUAGGACAUGUCAUGUUUAGUGGAGGUCUCCCAGUCUAGAGAAUGACAUCAUUAUUGAUUUCCCUUUGACAAUUAUCCUACCACCACAAACCACCACCCAGUGAUCUUGCCUGCCUCCCACAUCUUGAUCCUUACGUCCUUUCUCUCAUUUUAUUCUCUUCAGCUUUUUGCCUUUUACUUUGCUUCUACUUCUCCUACUCCAAAUGCUUCUCCCCACUUACCCAUACUCGUUCAUUUGCCUUAGGAGAGAGCCAUCACUUAUGCAGUAACUUCCCGUCUUCAUUUUCCUAGACAACAUUAAAUUCUUAAGUGCUUUUAUUGAUGCCUUUAAGUGUUGCCAACUCUCUAGUAGAAUUGCAAAACCUAUUGGGGUAGCACAGUUAUAAAGAAUUGGAUACUAUGUAUAGAAAAAUCACUGUGCAUAUACUGUAUAUGUUAUAUAAUAGUAUCAUAUAUGGGGAAGAACACUGAACUUCUUGCAGAAAAAAAGCAUUUUCAAAUCACAUGUCCCAGAGAAAGCUUAACAAGUUUUAGGACACCAGAAGGGACCUGGAAUUUUUAAAAAAACAUAUUCUUUUUUUCAUAAUAUAACACUUGGCUCUCAGGAAAAGAAAGGAGCUUAGCCUUUCUUUUCAAGAAAGCUCAGUGUCACAUUAUGCAUAAAGAAUAACGUUUAGCAUUAGGUAGGCAUUGAAGGUAUUUCAAGAUUGUGCAUAUCUAGGACAAUAUGCACAUUUUUUCCACAUAAAAAUACCAAAGAUCUUCUUUUUUUUUUUUUGAGAUUCCUCCAUUUAAAAAAUUUGUAGGUUUUCUCAAAAGAUUUCCUAGAAACCACAGAAGUUUAUAGCCAAUAUAAACCCAUUUGCAGCUUUUUGUGCUAUGAUGAAAUUUCAAAAUUUGUCAAGUGCUCUGAUGUUUCUCAUCCCCACUCUGUCUAUCCCUCUCACUGUGUGCCUUUGGGUGAUAGCACUGCAUGUGUUUUGUGAUGCGUGCCGCCUUUGGCUACAGUCUGGUAAAGUUACCCUAACCUUUUAGAAUGCCUGGGGCUCAGGGUUACCUGAAUGCCAUCUCCAUAGCAUUUUCUGCUCGUAUUUCCAAAUUAUGCCAACCCCUUUUUUUGCCUUAGACAUACUACUUGCUUCUGUCUUUGUGCCUCUGGCUUGUAUUCUACACCUUACUUUUUCCCUUGCCUGCUUCUUCAGCCAUUUUACUUUCAUUUCCUCAGGAUGUCUCAGUCAGCAUGUCUUCCCAAAGACAUGCCAACUAGACUGACUUCAUUCUUCUUGUUCUUCCUUCUAAAGGUUGAACUAGGGUGAUCCAUUUUUAAUGUAAUAAUACUAAAGGGGUGUAGGAGCAACUUGAGUAUAAGAAAAGAACAAAUAAUAGGAAAAUUUUAAUAAAACCAAAAUACAUAAUAAACAUAAUGCAUAUCUUAUUCUGAAGAAGAGUUCAAUAACAUACUCUAAUAUGACACCGGCAAAAUUCUAAUGAAUACUGGUUCAUUAAGAAGAAAGUGUAUAUGAUGAUGGGACCUCCUGAGAAGUUGAAGAUAGGAUUAUUGGGAUUGGCUGGUGGAUGCGUGAACACCAGGUAGUAAAGAAAGCAUGUCAAUAGAAGUAUCAAGUGCCAGUUUGUUCUGUAAAUACUGUAUGUAAAACUGUUACAAAUGGCAGUUGUAUGUAAAUUUUAAAUGUAUUGAAGAAUAGUUAUAUGAAUAAUAAUUUAAAAUUAUAAUUAGAUAUCCC